AUGUUGGUGCAUAAGAGGUGCCGCAUCCAGUGUGGGCAGUGUUGCUCCUUUCCAUCGGAGCCAGUGAUUCCUGGGAAUCCACCACCCCGGGUUUCCGAGCAGGCACAUGCAGGGAGCUCACGUCACCCUCCCAGUGUGCACGGUUCGGAACAGGGCACCAAACACAUAGAGUUCACCAAUGCCCAGGAAAAUGACCAGGCCUCACCUGCUUUGGGUUUGGAGCACUUUCAUCUGCUCAGGGUGAUAGGCAGAGGAAGCUACUCUAAAAUACUGUUAGUCCAACUUCGAAACACAGACCAGACAUUUGCCAUGAAAGUAGUCAAGAAAGGACGCAUCCACAGUCACCGGGCUGAGACCGAGAGGCGAGUGUUGCAGCAGGUAGUGCACCACCCUUUCCUCGUUGGCCUGCAUGCUUACUUGGAGACCCAAAGUAAAAUCAUGUUUGUCCUGGACUAUGUCAGUGGAGGAGACAUCAUGUUCCACCUACAGAGAAAGAGAACUUUCCCGGAAGCACAGGCCAAGUUUUACUGUGGCGAGAUCGCCUUAGCAGUCAACCAUCUGCACCAGCACGGCAUCCUCUACAGAAACCUCAAACUCGACAACAUACUGCUGGACCCCCAAGGGCACAUCAAAAUCACAGAUUUCUGUGUAAGUAAGGAAGGAAUGGGGCCCAGAGACCUGACCAGCACCUUGAGUGGAACAGCUAAUUACCUGGCUCCUGAGAUAAUCCGAGAAGUGUAUGGAUUCUCUGUGGACUGGUGGGCCCUCGGAGUGAUAGCCUUUGAGAUGAUGGUGGGAGAGUCGCCCUUUGUAGUUGCAGAGCUCCCUGAGGCCUCCGAGGAAAAGUCCAUCGCGCACCUCCUGCGCUUGAGAGUGGAAAGCCGCAUUUCCAUCCCGGGCUGUCUCUCUGUGGAAGCUGCAAGCGUCCUGCAUGCUUUUCUAAACAAAGAUCCCAAGCAGCGACUGGGUUGUCGACCUCCAACUGGACUGGCAGAUAUUCAGAACCAUCCUUUCUUUCACGAUGUGGACUGGGACAGGAUGGAGCGAGAGCAGGUGUCACCUCCCUUUCAACCCAGUAUAUCUGGAGACUUGGGUUUGCACAAUUUUGAUUGUGUGUUCACGCAGGAACCUGUCCAGUUAACUCCUGAUGAAAACGGCUCCAUAACUGAGGGAUCUGAAGUUUCGGACUCUGAGUACAUCUCUUGCCCAUCCAUGGAUGAAGAAUGGUGGGAUCAUUUUCCCACUGUGCCUUUUACUUAG